GGUAGAUAAUGGCAACGUAUCAAUAUUAAUGAAAUCAGUCUGCGCAGUUCAACAUGAAUUGAAGAUGUAUUACCAAAUGUUAACGUUACCAUUUUGACACUACAUUUAAGAUACCGCUUACAUUUUUUAGUUUGAAAACUUUACAGAGAUGAAACGUAUAUAGGCAAUUUUUCAUUUGAGAGAGGCACAUGGGGAGAUAGGCAAAGGCAAAUUUUUAUUUUUACAAAGGCUAAUUUGUAACCACUAUUUUUGUGGUGCUGUCGUCGCUUCUCCAAGCCUUUUGAUCUAACCGCCGUACUAAAAGCAUGUUCGUUCCUCCCUUCUGGCAAAUCAUAGAGCAGCCCCCAUGCAAGUGAGUUUUCGCUGAACAAGAAACUCGUUUGUUUUUGUCCACCAUGGCAAAGCAGUAUGACGUUUUGCUCAGGUUGCUGCUUUUAGGAGAUUCCGGGGUUGGAAAGACCUGUUUGUUGUGCAGGUUCACGGACAAUGAAUGCCAUUCAUCGCAUAUCUCUACAAUUGGAGUGGAUUUCAAAAUGAAAACAUUAAAAAUAGAUGGCAUUAAAGUGCGAGUACAGAUCUGGGAUACUGCUGGCCAGGAACGGUACCAGACCAUCACCAAACAGUACUACAGACGGGCACAGGGAUUUAUCCUGGUGUAUGACAUCACUAGUUCCCGUUCCUUUCAGCACAUUGUGAAGUGGGCUAGCGAUGUGGAUGAGUUUGCCCUUGACAAGGUGCAGAGGAUCCUGGUGGGGAACAAGGCUGAUGAGGAGCAGAAGAGGAAAGUGCCUAAAGAACAAGGGAACAAGCUAGCAAAAACCUAUGGAAUGGAAUUCUUUGAGACAAGUGCCUGCACCAACUGCAACAUAAAUGAGUCGUUCACCCGGUUGACAGAGCUGGUCCUGCAUGCUCACAAGAAAGAGAUGGAUGCCUUCCAGGGUUCAAUUAAUAAAUACCUAGACAUGACUUAUCUGGAGGGAGAGCAGGACAAACAGGACAACUCCCAGAAGGCCUGCGCAUGUUAGCAUGAGGCAAAACUCUCAACCUGGGGGUGUUUGGCUAAAAUAUUUUGUUGUUUUUGCAAUACCUCUGGCCCUGUGACAUAAUGGCAUUGAAAUGAUGAGUAACUUAUUAAAUGUGUGAGGACAGUUGAAGUCGGAAAUUUACGUACACCUUAGCCAAAUACAUUUAAAUUCAGUUUUUCACAAUUCCUGACAUUUAA